AUGGCUGAAGAAUCUUUUCAACUUAACUGUAGUUGUGUUAAUUGGGCUGUCGUUGCUACUGUUGACACUGAUUCUCGCUCUAUCAAGCAAGCGGCAAAUCGUCUCCACGAUUGGUGUAUAGUAGUUGUUGCUGAUGGAGGUGAUUCGAAUAGAUAUGUGACGAAAGACAAAACGGCCAAGAUUUUUUAUCUUAACAAAAAUAUUCAAGACAAGUUCUCUCAAACAUCAAGAUUUGUGGCUGCAAUUCCACGGAGCGACUUCAGAAGAAAAAAUAUUGGUUAUUUGUGGGCUAUUAUUCAUGGAGCGCGUAACAUCUGGGACUUUGACGAUGAUGUUGAACUAAUUGUUGACAAACUCUCUAUUCCAGUGAAUGAUACAGAAGCACUGACAUUUCCUAAUAUGAAAAGUGUCUUUCUGAAUCCACAUUCAAUUUUGGGAUCCAAAGAACAAUAUGUGUAUUCACGUGGAUUUUACAAGCUGCUAACAGAAGACCCUGGAGUACAACCAUUAGAUAAAGAAGGCAUACACGGCAUCUGGCCUGCCGAACGUCUUGGAAUGUGA